AUGUCAUUCAGAAGUCUAUGUAACGUGGAGAGAAAGGUGCUUUCGCAAACACUUGAGGGUUACCGCAAUGGAGUGGUUUUUGGUGCGAUGUAUUCAUCCACCGCUGAAGAAUGGACCGAUGAUGCCACACUCUUGACUUACAAGGACUCUAGACUGAGCACAUCUAUGUUAUCCAGAGUUCUGAAAAAGAUGAUAAGUGAGCAUGUAGAGCUUUAUGCAACCAUAAAUGAGAGGCUGGAUUUUGCUCCAGUCAACGAAAUAAAAUAUGCAGACGUUGUGAAGGAGAUAACCUUCGACAGCUACAAGGACGAAGUGAUAAACUGUCGCUUUGGAGCACCUCCGUACUUGAUUCGCCAUAUUUUUAAUCAAACUACUUUCCAGCCGGGAUCAAAUAACGUUUUAUGGAAGCUAUAUGUUGUUGAUGAAACUUUAGUCAUUUUUCAUGGACAUGAUGUUCUAUUUGACAUCUUUUCUGCAGCUGCUUUUCAUAAGCUGUUCCUAGAAGCCCUAAACUGUGUCUCAAAAAGUGGUGAAGAGUUGACCGUAGUUUUUAAAAAUGAUCCUAAGAGUCAGCAGAAACUAUCAAGAUCUAUUUUCGAUAACGCUAAGCUGCAUUUACCAGCAAUGGCUGCAGACCUUCUUAAUUUGCAAACACAGUCCUUUUUCAAAUCCAUAUAUCUGAAUGCUGUUAAAAGGCCAUUUGAUUAUCUAAACUCCAACCUCCAUCAGCAGCCAAAAGAAAUCAAAAUGCGCUAUUCUGAUAUUUUAAGAACUGACAAUAAUUUAUGCGGUACUACUAUCUUUGGUACGAUUGCACCCGAGCGGUUUGACCAUUUAAGCUCAAUCGCAGCAGAUCAGAACAUAUGUUUGAGAAGCUUCAUUUGUGGUAUCACUAUGUUAUGCUUGAAACCUAUGGUUAAAAACUUUAAUGCAAGCAUCACUUUCGUUAUACCGAUAAAUCUAAGAUCAUCAAUAGAAGAUUCAUCUGAUUUCGGUUUGUAUUACAAAAAUGUCAGAGUUGAAUGUCCUCUUUCUCUGAUAGAUGAUAAAGUUUUCCAAGGCUUGACCAUAUACAACGGAUAUGACUCAAGAAGCAUAAAACCAAAACGGAGCGAUCCUAGAUAUAAAGAGCAAUUACUCGAAUAUCAAUUCAGACAAAUUACGAUGCAUGUUACCUCAAUAAUAAAGCAACGGCUCAGAACUUGGGAAAGAUCAGAUUUUAAUGACGACGAUAUAAAAAGAAUGAGGUUCACUUUGGAGGAGAAAACAACGAAUACAAAGCUGAUUCAGGUCAAUGAUGUUUCUGACUUCAAGUUUUCUGACCAGGACGAUAAGAAUGGUGGCUUCAAAAUUAGAGAGCUUAAUGUGACCAGAAGUCUGUCUCCCAAUCUUUUUAUGUCUCUUUCCUAUACACAUACCGAAAGUAAUGGUCUAAAUAUAUGCAUUCAUUACCCAGAUAGGUACAAUAUGGAGUCGUUUGUAGAGUGCUUUCAGUCCUUCAUGGAAGAAAAUUAA